AAUCCAAUUCCUGCAAGAAAAUUAUCGAGUACCUUAUCCCAGUUUAUUGAGCUCUCAAUUGCACAACAUAGGAUUCAACGCAUGCCUUAUAAACAUCUUGAUACAUAACAUAAUAUAUAUUCACAAAAGAUACCGCAAUGAGAUUUUUUUCUUUUUUAUCAAGCAUUAUUUAUCUUUUCACCUUAAUACAAGCAGAACAAUUCAAAAGGACGCCUCCGUUUGGAAAAAAUGCCAGUGAUGUGUCAAAAAAGCUUGGAGAUUACACUCACUCUCAUGAAAAAGUAGACAAAUCAACAUAUUCAUGUUACCCUAUUGGAGAAUGUGAAAUAUGCUCACCAUUAGAACAGAAAACACAACCUUAUUGCGCUGACUAUGGCAAUAAACAAGCAAUACGAUGUGAGUGGAAUGAGCCAGAAAUCGGAGAUAGUGGGCUUAGCAACCAUACAUUAUCAACGUUCGAUGAAGACGAUGCGAUAACUUUACCGUCUUAUAGAGCUUGUCCAAGAGUGAGACAAGUUGAACGAGCACGAUUUUUAAAGUUCGAAGGCUUCAAUUUCUCAGUGGCUGUUUUAUCUAUAAUGGUCUUUAUCUGGAGGCAAAAGAAGAUGGCACAUGAACAAUACCAGAAUUUGGCCAGGAGGAUAGGCGUAACAACUGUGUAGAAUAAACAUAGAAGUUUCAUAAGAUUUAUUAGGCUAAAAGGAGAUUAUCUAUGACUAUUCCAAACAUUUUUGAGAGUGGAAUAUUAUUUACAGAAG